AUGUGGAAACCUAAUUUUAGUGCUCCUAGUAAUCAAAAUAUUCAAUAUCGCGGACCUUCACGCACUCAGCAGAUAUUUGGUGCUCCACCUCCUAAUUAUAAUCCUCGCAGCAAUGUCUUCGCUCUACCCCAACGACCCCAAAAUGCGAAUAACGCACCGCGACCUAUGAGUGGUGUUAGCCACUUUGCGCCUAAACCACUACCCCCAUCUGGACAUGACUGGAGGAGGUUUGGUAAUCCACCACCCUCCAACUAUUUCAAAACUCGUGAAAUGAAUGUUAACGAGUGCUACGACUAUCAGUACGAUCCCUAUAAUGACUCAUACGAUAACCAACCCUAUUUCGUGACCAACCCUGACUUAGACUAUUACGAGCAAACAGACAACCCUUAUGAUAAUAAUGAAGAAACCUACCCCUCUUACUAUGAACCCCGUGAGAUCGCUGAAAAUUCGUGUGGCAAUGACCAGCAGGAUUUUCACAAAGGCAGUCCUUCAGACAAACAAAAAUAG